CAUCGUCUCAUGCUCAUCACACUCUCUCACUCACCCAAUUCAAUUAUUACUUCAAAGAAUUCUCACACCAAAAUUCCACUCUCAGUCCCUUUCAUUCUCCCAACAACCAUUUUCAACCACCUUUUUCCUCAAAUAAAUAAUAAGAAAAAUAAGACCAGUCCACAAAAACACCCAAAAAGCCACACAUGACAUUAUUAAUAUUAAUAAUAAUAACAAUAAUAAUCACUCUCUCUACUUCUGUCACAAUGCAAAACUCACCCACCGUCAUCUCAAUUCCGCCACCGCUCCCCCUCCCUCUUCCGCCGCGCUCCGCCGGACAAGCCACCGUCCUCCCCUUUCCUCCCCCGCCACCGUUCGCCGGUGCUCCCAACUCCGUCUUCCAGAUCACCGUCCUCCCCGCACCUCCGCCGCCUUUCCCCUCCUCUCACAGCUCCGUCGAUCUCUCGCCUCUCGAAUUCCUCCUUGCCCUCGUCGCCAUCGUCACCAUCCCCGCCCUAAUCUACACCUUCAUCUUCGCUUUCCCUUGCCCGUCGUUCCGCCGCCGAGAACUCUCCGUCGGCGAUCCCUCCGUCGCUUCGGAGAUCGCGCACCACGACGUCGAGAGUGCCGCCACCGCCGCAGCUUCCGGCGUGAAGUACCAGAAGGAGCAGCACUCGAAGGAGAUCGGCGGCGAGUGCCCGGUUUGCUUGUCGGCGUUCGCGGACGGCGAGGAAGUCCGGCAACUGAGCGCGUGCAAGCACUCGUUCCACGCUUCUUGCAUUGAGAUGUGGCUGAGCAACCACUCGAAUUGCCCGAUUUGUCGCGCCACCAUUGGUGUCGCCGCGACGAGCACCGUCAAGCGGUCGGGUUCGAACAGAGACGGUGAUUCGCAACGUGAUGCGUCUAAUUUGGUUUGAUUUUUAAUUUUUUUGUAAUUUUUAAAAAUACUCAGUUUGAAAUUUUUAUAAAGAAAAUCCAAAUACCUGAUAAGUGAGUAGGUAGGGAGUUUCGUUUUGAUUUAAAAGUUGAAGUAGUUUUACACUUGAGAGUGUUUUAUGGCACUUGAAUUGUAAUGUAAUAUUGAGAGGGAUAGAUAGGAACAGAGAUAGGCUUCAUCAGUGAUUGAACACUUCCAUUGUAAUGUAAUAAUAGGAUUGUGUUUCAUUUGGACCACUCGCUCAAAAUGAAAUCAAGAUAACGCGCAACUUUCCCUUU